CAUGACUGAAAACAUGGAUGGCGUUUGAAUGAGUUACGUCAAAUGCGUUACACAUAACUUUUCAUCGUAAGUGCCGACAUGCCAGACUAGAAGUGCUGUUCACAGUAGUGGACUGCCAGCAACUUGGAAUGGGAUCUGCCUCGUCCAAAUUUCGCAAGCACCUCCAGAAUGGCGAUGAAUAUGCAGCGAUGCAGUUGUACAACAGCAGCCCAGAGCUGCGAAAGUCACUGGAUCCCAACAUGUCCUAUGGCGAUGCAUACCACCAAAACACACCGUUGCACUACGUAUCACAGCAUGCUAUGAAAAGCCUCUUACGGAUUUUCAUGCUGGAGCUUAGUGGAAAUCCAAAUAAGAAGAACAUUCACAAUCAGACAGCGCUGCAUUGUGUGUGCUCCUGCCCAACGGGAAAGCUACACGGCCCAUCACGGGCCAGGCGCGCUGACUGCCUCACUCUCAUCAUACAUUGGCGAGGCCCUCAGCUCGAGAAUGGGGAACUUGAGAGAGUAAAGCCUGACAUGGUAGAUGAUAAAUGCUCAACUGCAAUGCAUUAUGGAGCAAAGAAUGGUCUAAGGAGGUGCGUUGAGCUUCUUGUGGCUGCGGGUGCAUCGGUGUUUAUUGAGAACAAGAACAAGGAGACACCAUGUGACUGUGCAGAGAAGGCAGGAUACAGCGAACUCGCUGUCUAUCUUGAGUCGAAGAUGGUCUUCUCUAAUGAUAGCAGCUGUGAUGUGAAUGAAGCAGACAUAACCGUGAUUGACACACAGGAGCCAUACAGUGGCCUGCGAUCCCAGGACCUGCAGGAGGCAAAGGACCAGCUGCUUGUGGAGACAUCAGACAUGCUGCGCGUGCCGCUAUUCACCGCUGAAGCCCUUCUACGCAACUAUGAGUGGUCACGGGAGACGCUGCUAGAGGCAUGGAUGGAGAAUCCGAUCGCCUGCUGUGAGAAGUGCGGUGUGCAGCCACCAGGUGGCUUAGUCGUUGAAGCCCAAAAAAGGCAAGAGCAGCAGCAUGGCGCCGUGGCAAAAGUCACGACGCAGGACGACCACGAGCAACAGAUGUCACCAAUCAGGGAAAGCAGUUCACAGAGUGACAAGCCAGAGUGCUCCUGGUCGGGCAUGGGCAUCGUUAACCAGGAUGCGAAGAUACGGGAAGCUGAGGAAGAGGAGGAGCAUCCACUGAACACACCCACCAGGAAGACUGCCAUUAGGCAUGACACAGUGUGUGACAUAUGUGCACUACCAUUCCCUGUGUUCGAGCAGCCUGUGCCUGUUGCCUGUGACCACCACUUUUGCAGGGGAUGUUGGGAGAGUUACUUGAAGAUCAAGAUUCAAGAUGGAAAUGUUCACAGCAUCCUAUGUCCAGCCUUUCAGUGUCAGAAGCUUGUACCAGUAGAGGUUAUUGAACGAUUGGUCCCCAGAGAUGUUGCACUGAAAUAUUUGCAGUUUGACAUACAGGCUUUUGUUGAGAGUAAUCCAACGAUAAAGUGGUGCCCCCAUCCGGGCUGUGGGCGGGCCGUCAGGCUGCCAGAGAACGAUGGAUCAGGGUCACCUGCUACUGUGCAGCCUGGGGUGAAACCCCCUCCCACAUCUCAUGCAGUCGAUUGUGGAGUUGGACAUUUCUUCUGCUGGGAGUGCCUGGGAGAGGCACACGAACCCUGCAGCUGUCAGGACUGGGUCGACUGGUUCCAGAAGAUAUCUGACGUGAAGCCAGAGUCACUGGGAGGUACAACUGAGGAGACGGAGCAGGCAGCUAACUGCCUGUGGCUGGUCACCAACUCAAAGUCUUGUCCCAACUGCAAGUCACCGAUCCAGAAGAAUGAAGGAUGCAACCAUAUGAAGUGCUCCAAGUGCAAGCACGACUUCUGCUGGGUGUGUCUGGAGACGUGGAAGAAACACAGCUCAGCGACCGGCGGGUACUUCCGCUGCAACCGAUACGAAGCGAUCAAGAAAGCUGAUGAGAAGACCGACUGUCUCAAAUCAGAGGUGGAAGAACAGAGCCGUAGACUACAGGAGUUGAAUCGUUUCAUGCACUACUACACGCGAUUUAAGAACCACGAGCAAAGCCAUCAGUUGGAAGAGCCACUGCUCAACUCUGCCAAGCGAAAGAUGUGCAUCCUUGCCAGUGCAAUACAGGAUGAAGCCGGAUCAAGUCAGGUGGACACCAAGUUCAUUGAGGAUGCGAUUCAGGAACUGCUGAAGGCUCGGCGUGUGCUGCGCGCCUCAUACGUCUAUGGAUACUACCUAGAGGACCAUGGCUACAACAAGACCAUCUUUGAGUUCAUGCAGACGGAGCUGGAGGAGGUGAUGGAGAGUCUGUCGCAGAUGAUCGCGCGGCCAUAUCUGCGCACGCCGCGCUACAAGAUUGUGCAGACAGCACAGCUGGUCAAGCGCAAGCGCCAUGAAUUUGUGCUCUCCGUAUCGAAGGGCCUCAUCCCACCAGAGACGCCGCCCGCAUUGCGCAGGUUCCGCCGCCGUCACUUCCCCAACCUACUCGACAUGGACCUGGAUGAUAAGGAUUUCCGCAAAGCGAUCACGGCCUCGCUGAAAGACAUCGACCCCAACGACCCGUGGGUCAAGGACAGCUCAGGUCGGCACACGAACCUUGCUGCGCUCUAUGACUGGCCGGACUAUGACUCGGACGAGAAUGACGUCACGAUCGCACAGAAUGCGUCCGUGUUUGGUGUGUGCGCGAGGCAGGGAUGCACGCGUCCCCGCGCACAGAACCCGCGUACGGGGGCCGUGCAUGACCACUGCAGCCUGCGUUGCAGCCGCACAGAUAAGCUAGGCAAGCCAGACGAGGAGACGGCGUCACCGCCAGCCUUCGUCACCGACUAUCACAUGGAGCUGAUGCUUGCGCUCGAGAUGUCUCGCUUGCAGCUCAUGCAGGACAUGGGCAGCAGCACGCAGUUGCACGUCAGCGGCGGCCCCAGCCACAGCAAUCUGCAAGCAGAGGGCACUCCGCUCAACAACGCCCCCAGCCAACAGCAGCAGACGACAGUGAAGGCUAAUUCAGUAGGCACGAGUUCAGACAUGCUGUCGAGUUCACCGCUAGAUCCCAGGAGCCUGCGAGAAGUCCUCAAUGUGUCGAGGCUUGUUCCCCCAGAAAACGCGGACGACGACCCAAACCUGCGCAUCGCCAUUGAGCUAUCAUUACAGGACUCCAACUCCCCGAUCCAUCUGUCAUCCCUCCCCGCCGCCACCACUGCCGCAGCAUCCGCCAACACUGACGCCGCUGACCAGAAUGAGGAACCCUCACUACCGCCAGAGGGCGCCCAGAACAACGAUGCCGCCGCUGCACCCGACACUUUGCCGACACUCGCAUUCAGCGACACGGACGGUCGUGCAUGCGACACGUGGGUAGAGGGCGCUGCUGGCGGCGGCGACGGCGACGAGCUGCCGGAUACACUCGUGCUGCCGCAAGUGAAGCUCGAGAGUCUCUUCCUCAAGGAUCUGGAAGACAAGCAGCUGGACUACAGCAACAACCUGCGCACGAAGAGCCCCAAGGAGGACCUGAAGACGGCGAAGCAGCUGUUCAAGUUCGACAGCUCGCUCGAUGAGACGUCGGAGAGCAUCCUGCGUAACAUCAACCGCAAGAUCAUCACAGACGUGUCAAAGGUCGCUGAAGUCGACGCCGAGGUCGAGGCGGAGGAGCGCAACAUGGCGGCGAAUUUCGACAUUGCUAAGUUUCCGCGCACGCAGACGGCGCCCUGCUCGCUCGAGCGGUCCGCCGAGGGGGAUGCGGUUGCCGCGGGCAACGCAGCCACCGUCAUCGCCGCGGCGACGCGGCGGUCUGGGUACGCCGCCACUAAGGGUAUCGCGAUCUCGCAUAACAAUCUUAGCGAGGAUGGCGAGGAGUCGCUAGUGGGCGCUGUUGGUGGGUGCGAGCGUCGCACAGUCAGCGAGGGAAUGGAGGAGACGGCGGCGCACGGCCGCUACGUGCCGCGCCGCCAGACCUCGUAUGACUCACCGCUCUCGUGCUCGCCCGAACUUGCCGGCUUCAACGCCACGACCCCACAUAACAUCGUGCAUGGCCUCACUGGCUUUGACGCGCGGCCCCUCGGCAGCGGCGCGGCGUGGGCGGAGUCGGGGGACAAGGCGCGGGCAGCCGCAUUCGUGCGCGGCGGCCCCUCGAGCAGCGCGUCGAUGGGCUGCGUGCACCACGUCGGCUCCCCGCUCGGCUUCCGCCCACUCGUCGCGACGUCGUCGUCGUCGGGAAACCUCGCCGGCGUCCCCGCGGCGGGCGACGUCGCGUUCCCGGACGAGAUUCCCGUCACGGAGAAGUUCCGCGCGAUCCAGGCAAUGCCAAAGAUUGAGAAGAAGUCGCGGGCGGAGUCUCCGCUCGGCGCCAUGUUUCGGCGGUCGAGCUCGCGUCGGCGCGGCAAGAACCCGGAUGCUUUCCUCUCUGGAAAGUCGCAGAGCCCUGUGCCGGCGGAUUUCAACAACCGCACGUCGAGCAGCAGUGCAGGGGGCGCUGGCGGCAGCGGCAGCGGUAACACGACGCCAGCCGACUGCAAGCAUCCGGUGAUCUGGAUGAAGCGCGAAAAUAAGGAGCGGGAGAGAAGCCAGAUAGACAAGCGACAGCUGGAGAGGUCGCACUCAGAGGAGGGCACGGCCUCAUGCAGGAUUACCUCACCGCCCUCUAGUGGCAAGGGCUACCUUCUGCGUACGUACUCGCAGCGCUCGAAGAAGGACCGGAAGUUUGGCCGAGUCAGCCGCGACCAAGACAAGAAGUCUGACAAGGAGGACAAGCGCAAGAAAAAGCUGAAGAAGCUGGCUCUGGCUUCGUGAAUGCGCGUGAAGGAUGGUGAUGUAUGCAGACACAUGGUUGGGUCUCAGAUCACAGGAGCAGUACAGUGCCACCUUUAUCAUACCAAGUAGCAGAACCACAUAACAGCAAGGACGUUUGUGUACUAAUGCGUCAGGGAAAGUAGAAGGGAAUGGGAGUGGGAAGUAAAUGGUAAUGCAGUAAGGUAGAAGCCCCACAGUGUGUCAUGUUUCUCCCGAAUGUGGCUACAUGAAUUGGCAGGUUCGCAGCCUGGUGGUGUUGGGAUAGGAUGGGAUCGGUAAUAGAAGCAUCGGUGUUAGCUGCGUAUGCUGGCUGCGACCGAGCAUUAGAAACUACUGCCUCCUGUCAUCGGAGUAUUAACUCAUGUUACCAGGUAUUUUUGUGAACCUGCCUCAUCUGGUACCAGGGGUUACACAUGCCGUAUCAUGGAAGCAUUCGUUACUUGUUAGCUCUGUUGCAUUCCUGUCGGUUCCCUCUAGAGCUUGCAGGGUGGGUAUAUGUCUGUGAAGCCCUGCUGAGAGCUUGCAGGGAU